AUGAUGGCACCUAAAGAUGUACCACAUAACAUGAAAGCAGCACAAAUCUCCGAGUACGGCAAGCCAUACUGCAUCACCUCAAAGCCCGUCCCAACCAUCAGACCGCAUGAGCUUCUCGUCCGUAUUCACGCAGCAGGCUUCUGCCACUCGGACCUGCAGGUACUACAUGGCCAAUUCAAAUCUCCUCUGGGUAUGAUUCCUUCGCACGAACCAGCCGGAGUAAUCGUGCAAGUCGGGGAUCGAGCCUUGGGAAGCUGGCAGGUUGGGGACAGGGUGGGCGUUCUCAACUUCAAAAACGCUUGCGGCACUUGCAGAGGCUGUGGGCUCUCAAAACGAACACUGCAAGAACCAGACCAGGGAGGACUGGACCCUAGGUUUUGCGACAGGCGCGAGACUGCAGGCUUCCAGCACGACGGCGCCUUUGCAGAAUACAUGGUUGCCGACCCGGCCACCACCGUCAAGCUACCCGAUGCACUGUCGCUCGAGCAAGCGGCGCCGCUGAUGUGCGCGGGUGCAACGGUGUGGGGGUCACUGGAGAAGGUGACGAGCCAUCUGACCAGAGGUGACGUUGUGGGUAUCGUGGGCAUCGGAGGGCUCGGGCACCUAGGUGUUCAGUUCGCGGCCGCCAAGGGGUUUCGAGUCGUCGCUGUGGACAGCAGGGCUACGGGACGGCAGCUUGCAAUGGAGGUACGGGAUACUCUGAAGCCGUUUCUCGUGGUGGAUUCGUCCAUGCCUGAAGAGGCCGAGGCGCAAAUCCUCCAAUUGACCAACGGUGAGGGAUUGGCUGCGGCAAUUGUGUGCACCGAUUCUUUGGCUGCAAACUCGUGGGCGCUCAAAAUGCUGAGGAUCGGCGGCUUUCUGGGUGUGCUUGGCCUGCCUCCAGAGGAUUGGAGGUUCGACUCGAGCGCAUUGGUCUUCCGGGAGCUAACGGUUCGGGGCAGUUAUGUCGUGAGCAAGGCAUCGACGCAAAGGAUGAUUGAUCUGGUCGAGAGUGCGGGAGUGCGUUCUCAUGUGACCGCCGUGUCAUUUGACAAGAUCCCUGACAUUGUGAAAAUGUACCAGACGACAUCCAUGAAGGGGAGGUUGGUGGUGAAGGUGGUGGAAGAAUAA